AUGGCCCAGACGAGUGUUGAAUUUGAAUAUCAACUUGGUAUCAACAAUACGCUGUCGGCUGCCAACGGCCAAAUGUUCUCAAUCAACCGAGCUGCGUGUGAUAUCCAGGGUGUCCUGGUGCGAGACGUAGCCGACGGUGACCCACUAGAUGCGAAAAAUGGAGCCUUUUCCUCUCUACCUGCUUCUACAAAAGCUGUUGUUGAUGACUACCGACUUUGCUGCAAUCUCCUGAGAGAUAUUCCAGGCUUCCAGAUAGGCAACUGUCACACCACACAGUCACAGCCCCCGCUCAACCUCUGCGGUUCACUCAUGCAGAACUACGGACUGCGCGUGUGCAUGUGGGUCCUUGGGAUUAGCGCCCUCUUUGGCAACUUCGGGGUUAUCGUUUGGCGGCUUUGGCAUAGGGAUGGAAAUGAAGUCAAGAAGACCCACUCUUUAUUGGUGCUUAAUCUUGCGGUGUCAGAUUUCAUCAUGGGGGUAUAUAUGUUGAUGAUAGCCGCUGCCGACAUCCACUACGGGGAGUGGUACUCCACUCAAGCAGCGCAGUGGCGGACCAGCGCGCCGUGUAAGGCUGCCGGGGUGUUGGCCGUUCUGUCCAGUGAGGCCUCGGUGUUCUUCGUUACAAUGAUCAGUCUUCAUUGCCUCCUGGGAAUCGUGUUUCCCUUCACCAGGAUGAAGCUCAGCGAGACAUCUGCCAACAAGUUCAUCGUAACGGGUUGGGUGACGGCUCUCUGCUUAAGCAUCGUACCGACUCUAGUCGUAGACUCGAACUCGGACGUCUACGGUCUAUCAGACGUCUGUAUCGGCCUGCCCCUGACCACCAAAGCGACAGGAGUCCAGCUUGAGCCCAGCGACGUUGACAAUCCGUUCGGGGACGCAAAUGCCUUGCAGAUUGUUUCUUCAACCGGCCAGAAGCCUGCAUGGAUCCUGUCCAUCGUGUUGUUUCUCGGCGUCAAUUUGUGCUGUUUCCUGGUCGUCCUCGUCUGUUACAUCGCCAUCUUCGUCAAGGCCAAGCGGUCCGCUCGCAAGGUCAAGAAGAACUCGCACCGGGACCGCGAUAUCAAGAUGGCUGCCAAGAUGGCACUUAUCGUCGGUACAGACUUUGCCUGCUGGAUGCCCGUCAUCAUUCUCGGUAUCCUGUCUCAGGCUGGGGCGGUGCAGGUCGGUGCUGAGGUCUACUCCUGGAUCGUGGUCCUCGUCCUACCCAUCAACUCGUCUCUCAACCCGUACCUGUACACCAUCUAUUCCUCUGCAAUGGCAAAGCGCAGCGCGCAGCCGAGUAUCGAAAAGUCGAGUAAUAAAGUUUUGAAACCCAAAACUGGGUCAAUCGAAACAGUGAACUCCUCCUUGUCAGAUAGCAAGCAUAUUUGAGUGACAAGGGUGGGCACAGGCAAGAACUAGCAAUCGUCUUACGUU